ACAUUCCAAAUCUUUGUUUUGCAUGAAGAAACCAAACUUUAAAUAAAAUGUAUUAAACCUGCACUGUCUUUUAUUUUGAAACGUCAACCCGGAAGUCUCGUGUUUACGCCGCCCAGCUUAGCGUCGGUGGCAGGAAUGGCGGCCAUGGUUACACUAGAGGAAGGAACCCAAAGACCCUGAAACUUUACUUCUAACGGCCCCGCAGAGGAAUUCGUGUCUGGCGAAACGCAGGAGCGCCGCCCUGUCACGGAAUAAAGGGGCGAAGAAGUGCCCGUAACGUGAGGCUGACGCGGUACAAGUCCGGGUCGAGGAGGUGGGAAGCACUUUGCCAGUUAGCGCUAGUUAGCCCGCUGACUUUGAUUGGAGGCAGCCGUUAGCUCCGCUGCACCAACCAGCCAGCUGUUGGCCGCUUGGCUCGGGCUGGACCAACAAGUUAAGCAAAACCAUUACCUGGGCGAAACCCCUCAGAGCUCGGACCGGUCCUCCUUUCACCGAGGCCAGCAAUUGGGGACGACAACCAAGUCCGACACAAGCGCGUUAGCUUAAGGCACUAGCUAAGUUGGGAUCCUGAAGUCUCGCCCAUUUUUUUUUUUUUUUUUUUUUUUGGGAUCCUGCCCCAGCCGCUGGCUCAAAAGGGGGCGAAUCGACAAGCCGACUAGUCUGGUUUUCGGGGUUUUUAACUGGCACCACGAUGGAAAGCCUAACGCUGAGUGAUUUCGAGCAGAAGUACUACUCGGACCUGUUCGUGUACUGCGACACGGACAACACGAAGAAAGUGGCUUCAAACGGGAGAGUUCUUGACCUCUUCCGGGCGGCCCAGCUCCCCAGCGAAGUAGUCCUGCAGAUCACAGAGCUGUGCGGGGCCACUCGGUUGGGUCACUUCGGACGGAGCCAGUUCUACAUCGCUCUGAAGCUUAUCGCCAUCGCCCAGUCCGGUCUGCCUCUCAGGGUGGAGAGCCUCAACUCGGUGAAGGACCUGCCGCUGCCCAGGUUCGUGGUGGGGAAGAACGAGGCCGAAGCGAGGCACGCCGCUCUGUAUCAGGACGCAGACAGCCAGGGUCUGUACCCAGCUCCUGGUGCUGCAGUAAUACCCCGACCACCUGGCAGGGGCCACCAGAACAAGAAAGGCCCCCCCUCAACCACUUCACUUCCUGUCCACGAGGUCAUCCAGCCACUGGCCCCCAGCAUAGAACCACAGCCCGAACCGACGUCCCCCGUGGUCUCCCCUCACCAGUCUCCCCCGACCUCCCCUCCUUCCUGGAGGAAACACAAGCGGCAACACAGCGGAGGCAACGCGGAGAGGCAGCCGGUGGUGGCUGCAGCUGGAGGUGUGUGGACGCAGUUCAGAGAACCGCAAGGAGGGCCAGUGACCGGUGACGGCAUGUGGCCGUCCCACUCGCCCCCCCCUCCAGGUCAAGAAAGCUGGGUCAGUUUCACAGCAGACACGCCUCCAUCCAGCACGCUCCCAGCAACGCACCCCUCGUCAGUCCAGGACAGCACGACGAUACGAACGGUGGCCUCGGCCGCCAUGACCAACGAGCUCCAGCGGCAGUCCAGCGGCUACGACGACCCCUGGAAGAUCACGGACGAGCAGAGACAGUAUUACAUCAACCAGUUUAAAACCAUCCAGCCCGACCUCACAGGCUUCAUACCCGGUUCAGCAGCAAAAGAGUUCUUCACCAAAUCUAAGCUACCAAUUUUAGAGUUGUCACAUAUUUGGGAGCUGUCAGACUUCGAUAAAGACGGAGCGCUGACCCUGGACGAGUUCUGCGCCGCCUUCCACCUGGUCGUGGCCAGGAAGAACGGCUACGACCUCCCCGAGAAGCUGCCCGAGAGCCUGAUGCCAAAGCUGAUCGACCUGGACGAUUCAGCAGAAGUCCCGGAGGCGACCGCCGACGUCGGGUACUCGGGGUCGCCGGUGGAGGUGACUCCCAGCAAGUCUCCCUCCAUGCCCUCCCUGAACCAGGCCUGGCCCGAGAUGAACCAGAGCAACGAGCAGUGGGAGACGUUUAGCGAGCGCUCCUCCAGCUCACAAACUCUGACCCAAUUUGACUCUAACAUUGCACCAGCUGACCCUGACACGGCCAUCGUGCACCCGGUUCCCAUCCGGAUGACGCCCAGUAAGAUCCACAUGCAGGAGAUGGAGCUGAAGAGGACUGGCAGCGACCACAACCACCCGACCAGUCCUCUGCUGGCUAAACCCCCAGAACUGUCUGAAGAAGCCAAAUUACCCGCCUCCAUGAAGUUUGUAGCCGCCAACACUGUGGGUGAUGGUUACAGCAGUUCAGACUCCUUCACCUCAGACCAGGAACCAAUCACCAGGCAAAGGUCCCAGUCGGGUACGUCUCCGGAGGCUCUGAAGGUGGUGGCCCCGCCUCCCCCUCCACCCCGACCCCACCCCUCCCACUCUCGCUCCUCGUCCCUGGACAUGAAUCGCACCUUCGCCGCCACGUCUGCCCCAGGACAGCCGCAAUCUUCUGCAAUAGCGUACCCUCCUGCCGUGCCUCCCAGACCUCUACCAACACAGACAUCAGUACCACACACCGGGCAUCGUGUAGAGGCUGAGGGUGUACCGGGAGGCGGUGCCGUGCUCACCACCACCUCCCCACAGCAGAUUCCUCAGCAGCCCAACUUCGCAGACUUCAGUCAGUUCCAGGCCUUCGCCGCCUCUGAGCAGCCGUCCAGCCUCCCAGAGGUCGACAAGCACAGCGAGCCGGGACAGGUGGACAAGCCGUCUGAGGGCGCCGGCCCUUUAAGAUCGGUCAAGAGUGACGGCCAAGCAGACGACAGAGUCUCGGCUACAGUAAACUCUACUAAGGGUUCGUCCGGCCCCCUGGCUCCUCCACCGAAGCCCGUACGUCGGAGGUUGAAGUCGGAGGACGAGCUGCGACCGGAGGACGAGCAGCACGGUCCCCAGAAGUCAAACGUCAUAGCUGCCGUCCUGGCCACCCAGCCCUCCAUCCCCAGGUCAGUCGGAAAGGACAAGAAGGCGAUUCAAGCUUCAAUCAGAAGAAACAAGGAGACUAAUACAGUUUUGGCGAGACUUAACAGUGAACUACAGCAGCAGCUGAAGGACUUGCUCGAGGAGAGGAUAUCUCUGGAAGUCCAGCUCGAGCAGCUUAGACCUUUCUCUCAUCUUUAACCUUAACAUGUGGAAGAAAACUCAGCUGCAGUUCAUCCGAAUCAAGGCUGUGACCCUCGGUGUGACCCCCCCCCUUCCCUCACUCCCCCCCUCCCUCCCUCCCAUCAUCUCCCUUUCCGUUUUCCUUCCAUCAUCCCAGCUUUCCCGGGUGGGGCCCACCUAAAUCCGUUAAAACUGUCGACGUCGAAUCACACACUGAUUAAUCAAUGGACCGGAACGAACCCGAAGAGCACUGUCUGACCAACAGGAGGAGGAGGAGGAGGAGGUGGUGGUGGAGGAGGUGGUGGCGGCAGGACGGGGGUUUUACAAACUGGCACUUUUCAAGUUUUUCUAAAGAGAGGUGAAGGUGAGGACGACAGUGAACUGAGUCCGGUCUGAAGACGAAAAGCCGCUGCUGUCUGAUCACUUCACUCUCUGAAUGACUGAAGAAGAAACGCAGAGUGUAUUUGUCGUGUACGCGUGACCGUUUUUUUUUGUAUUUGUGUUCCUGUUUAGCGACUCACUCGGAGGCUAGCUCACGUACGUUUGAAUCGUCCGCACCAAACUCCAGUUAGAAGUAAGGUAACUUUAAAGAAACGGUUAAACUGUUUUGGGGGAAAAGGCGCUGAGGGUGGCGAGAAGAUCCAUGAAUUAUCCGCUUAGCUUAGCAUAGCAGAAAGACAGGAAACGGGAAGUUUUUCUGGUUUUACGCUUAUAUGCUUCUUUGUACACUUCUGAAACCAGUGUAUAAAGUUAACAGCUACAAAAAAAAAAAAUAGAAGCAGAAACAUGCAGCAGCACAUAUAAAUGCUUUUUAAAACAGAAAAAAAAACAACACGACACUGAUCUACAUCAGCCAGGAAGCAAGGAUUGUUAAAUGCGCCUUUUUUUAAAGGGAGUUUGGUGUAGGCAACCUCUUAGUCAAACACACUAGCCUACUUCCAGACAGGACUUUAUCUUAUGUGUGUGUGUGUGUGUGUUUGUGUGAAGCCUUUGACGGCUAAAUCAUCAUGGUGAAGGCUUUUUUUUUUUUUUUUUUUUUUUUUUGUGGGAACUCUUCUUGUGAUAUGAAUUCAGCCCACCUCCCUCUGAUUAGCGCCCCCUCCUGGCUACACACAUAAACGGAUGGAGUUAAUGAAAAUGCUGUUGUUGCCCUCACACGGCGUUUGAGGGUCUGACGACUGAACGAGCGGUUUUAACUUGAUGCCAAAUGACUGAACGGUCACUCCGCUCCUCUUUCACCUCUGCUCGGGCUGCGUCGUUUAAAGAAGAAGAAAAACUCUUUAUUUUGUUUCCCCUUCUGCCGACAGGUGUUUUUGUUUGCCGUUCCGUUUCAAACGUAGCCGUGGUUUGACAUUUCAGAUUUAUUUUUUUUUCCUAACCUUUCGGGUUUGAAGAUUUUCCAGCUGCUCGACUGCACGUUAAUGGCGUUAAUGAAGAAUUGCUGAGAAGGGAGAUUUCUCCUCAGCAAACACACACACUCGCACAGAUCCAAACCUGACUGUGUAUAACACGAGUCGACUCAAAAAAAUAAAAAAUAAAAUAAAAUAAGUGAUGUUCCAGUCGGGCUGUCGGCACUAUGCAAGUAUGGGGCGACGCAUCUUCACAGACCAACUCUACUUAGCUGUUCGUACUCUGAUAGUAGCAACUGUGUGAGCAGUAUCCUCUGGUUUCUGUAUCGUAGAUCUUCCAGAACAACAUCUACUGUAUGUGUGUGACUCAUUUCUGGCUUUUUUUUUUUCUUCUUUUUGUUUGUUUUUGGUACUGAUGAGCGGUUACCGCCUCCCCCUGCUCCCUGCUCCAGAGGGAAGCAAACUCCAGUGUUUUUUUUUAUUUUAACCAGAGCAGUUUCACCUGAAAUGUGCAACAUGUGAACCUCUCCCCUCCCCUUCGUCCCUCCCUCCCUCCCCCGUCCCUCCCUCCCUGCUUUGGGUUUAGAUGAAGCUCAACAGGAGACCAGUCAACAGGAAACGGGAGACCUGAAUGACCCGACUGCACUUUGAACUGAACCCCCCCUCCUUCCCUCCCUCCCUCCUUCCCGUCUUCCCCUUCUUCUCAUUUCUAUUUCUUUACUUUUUUUUUAACCUGCAUGUUUGUUCUCGUCUGUAUUUAAAAAAACAAAAAAACAAAAAGAUGCUUUAAGAAGAAAAAAAAUGAUGAACCACUUGAGUUUUAUUUCUUCAGUACAACCUGGAAACUGUAGUUUUUUUGUUUGUGUGUGUGUGUGUGUGUCGGUGUCCUGAGACGAUUUUUUUUCGUUGUUUGUUUGUUCCUCUGUGUUGGUGAAGCAUCAGUCUUCUUCUGAAGCCUUACUCCCCCCCUCACCCACCCACAUCUCUCCCCCCAAACUGGCGUUCAGGUUUCCACGGUGGCUGUCUGACCUCUCUAUCCUUGUCGUAUCAAGGCUCGCCUUCUUUUUUUUUUUUUUUUUUUUUUCCCCCUGCUGUUGAGGGUGAUGAUGUACUUGUGUGUGUGUGUGUGUGUGUGUGUGCGUGUGUUGAGUGUGUGCGAGUGUUAUAUUGUUUCCAGACCUGGAACUAAUACCAUUUAAAACCCUAUUAAACACCUUGAAGUGGGAUUGGUUCAUGUUUGCUCGCACAACAAGCUCCCCUCCUCAUGCUCCAGGCAGGCAGAAGCAAUCAAGCGGCGGGACGAAGCCUUUUUAAUGGGAUUUUGAAUGUUAUUUGCUCCCGGAUCUGUAGUUGUAUAUUGUAUAUGAUACACACUUUUUGGACUCAUGUGUAAAUUUGCAUUAAUUUGCUGACUAACGGCGAAAGAAUAUUCUAUUUAAUUCCUUCUUUCUUGGCUGUGGGAUCCUAGAUGUUUAACUGCAUGGAUGUACUGUAUCUCUGCAGAGUCAACUAGCAGCUGUGUGAUUUUUACACAAAAAUAAAAAACGGCACAAUAUUUUAAACACUG